AUGGUUGCUGACAUCCCCACAGUCGAAUUGAAAGGUUCAGGCGACAAGCUUCCAGUGAUAGGGUUUGGCUCGGGAACCAAGUGGAGAAUCGCGAAAGCAGAGGGCGAGAAGAAGGACCAGUUCAUCCAAGAACUGGCCGACCAAGUUUCAAAUGCUAUUAAAGCGGGCUUCAAUCACAUUGAUGCCGCGGAAGCUUACAAAACUCACCCAGAGGUGGGCGCGGGUAUAGCAAACUCUGGUGUUCCCAGGGAGAAGCUUUGGGUCACAGAUAAGUACACACCAUGGUCUUGGACUUGGAGAAAAGGAAAAGGGCCCUUGGAGUCUUUGGAGCUGUCGCUUGGAAAAAUGCAGAUGCAGUACGUGGAUCUUUAUCUUGUACACGUCCCUUUUAUCAAUCCCGAGACAGCAGGUAUCGAUUUGAAAGAGGCAUGGAGGCAAAUGGAAGAGAUUUACGAUCGUGGGUGGGCCAAAAACAUUGGGGUCUCAAAUUUCGAUGUCGAGAGCCUUGAAUAUAUCCGCACUAUCGGGAAAUAUCAACCUGUUGUAAAUCAGAUAGAAUUCAGCGCAUACAUGCAGCAACAAUCACCAGGAAUAAUCUCAUACUGCAAGAAGCAUGGGAUAGCUAUCGAAGGAUAUUCUCCACUUGUUCCAUUGACGAAGGGAAAACCUGGUCCCUUAGAUGACAUCCUUCCUUUGAUGGCGAAGAAAUACGGAAAAUCAGAGCUUCAAAUUCUUUUAAGAUGGGUUGUACAGAAUGGUGUUAUUGCGAUAACAACAUCUGCGCAACAGAAGAGAAUUGAUGAAUCUCUUGACAUUUUCGACUUCGAGUUGUCCAGCGAGGACUUCACUUCCAUUACCGAAGUUGGUAAAACCAAAAUCUUCCGAAACUUCAUGACUGACCUGUAUGGCAAAUAUGAUAGUAUACUCUACAAAGACCUAUAG